GUCUUUCCUGGCCGUUUUACAAGGGUCAUCAUUUUUUUUCGAUACUUUUAGAAGACAAAAAAAGAAACAGCAAACGCACCCUUGGUGAAAAGUAAAACUAAAAGGAAGUAUUGUUUUAAGGGUUAAACACAUUGAUUCGCUGAAAAGCUUCUCUUGCUUGUUUACAGUAAAUAAUUCUAAAGAGGGUUGCAAUUUCGAUUUUUUUUGUAUUAGGAGUUCUUCUCUAUAAUCCUUGGCAAAAUAUAGAGUGUGUAGAAAUAAUUGUCUGCAAAAGGUAAAUAAAAAUAGAUUUACUGAACUCAGAUAAAAGGAUAAAUAUUUGAAGAGAAAAGGACUUUUUCCGUCAUAUUUCUUUUCAGUUUAACAUUCUAAUUUCCAUAACAGAUAUCUCCACAGUCGGAACUGUACAUUUAUUAAUACAAACCUAUAUAGUUCCUGAAAAGGAGAAGAGAGUAGCCAUAAGUGUAGGGGAGAGCUUUUUUCCAUUGUUUAAAAAGAACUAUGGCGGGCCGAUACGAGAAGCAGGAGAAGAUCGGUGAAGGUACCUAUGGCGUUGUGUAUAAGGCGCGCGACACGGUCACCAACGCCAUUGUUGCCCUCAAACGCAUCCGACUAGAUACGGAAGAGGAGGGCGUUCCCUGCUCGGCUAUUCGCGAGAUCUCCUUAUUAAAAGAACUUCGCCACGAAAAUAUUGUCAAGCUGCUCGAUGUCUGCCACAGUGAACGCCGGCUGACGCUGGUGUUCGAGCACCAAGACAUGGAUCUCAAGAAGUACCUGGAUCACAACGGUGGGAAUCUGGACGCCGCCACGGUACAGCAUUUCAUGCAUGACCUCCUCAAAGGUGUACGAUUUUGCCACCAACGCAGCGUCCUGCAUCGGGAUUUGAAGCCGCAAAACCUACUCAUUUCGCGUGAGAAGGAGCUUAAGUUGGGGGACUUUGGCCUUGGGCGUGCGUUUGGAAUCCCUGUGAAGAAGUUCACCCACGAAGUGGUAACACUGUGGUACCGCUCACCGGACGUGUUGCUUGGCUCCACGCAGUACGGGACGCCGGUGGAUAUUUGGUCUGUAGGCUGCAUCUUUGCAGAGAUGACGACGGGCACGCCACUUUUCGCGGGCCGAAACGACGCUGAUCAGCUGUUGCUGAUUUUCAAGUUUUUGGGUACCCCGAACAGCAAGACCUGGCCAUCUCUUAACCAGUACCCGAAUUCCACCAAUAUGCUCUCGAAGCCUGAGUUCCUCCAGAACAUGGUGGCUAAAUGUGAUACUAUACUUCGGACCUCAUUGGGGUAUGAAAAGCUCGGCCCGGAAGGGAUAGAUUUGCUGAAGGGAUUGUUACGGUAUGAGCCGUCAGAGCGGUUAACGGCCGAGGAGGCUCUCAACCAUCCUUACUUUCGUGUUGAUUUCUAA